AUGUCUGUCUCUACUAUCGAAGAUAUCGAUGAAACUGUUUUUGAAGUUCACUUCUCAGAAAAUAAAAGCCGAUCAUUAGUCACUACAAAAUUCUUUAAAAAAGACACUAUUUUAAUUGAAUAUGUUGGAGAAUUGAUAACGGAUGGGAUUGAAAUGAAAAAGCGUGAAAUUAUUUAUGGCAAUGAAAACUUUGGCUGUUUUGUAUUAGAAAUCACUUUUAAAGGAAAGAAAGCUUAUAUUGAUGCCACAGAAGAAACAAUUUAUAAAGCUAGAUUAAUGAAUCAUUCAAAUAAGCCUAAUGUAUUGCCAUUUAUGCGUAUAAUUAACGGUGUACCUCGAGUAUUUUUUAAAGCUGGUAUGGAUAUAAAUCCAAAUACUGAACUCGUUUGGAACUAUGGAGAAAAAAAGGAAAUUGCCCUGAACAGUACUUCUGGUAUGACUCCAACAAAGAGAAAAAGAGGUAUUCAUACACCUAUAGUUUUAAAUUUUGUGCGCUUUCAUCGUAUAUUCCCAAGUAGCACGUAA